UGCAGAUGCCCACCCAGCGUCCACCUGCCACCCGCCCAGGCCACUGCCCUGUGCCCAACCCCAGAGGGUGCGGGAUGACAGACCCUGACAAUCAUUAAACCAGCCGGGCCUGAUUUCCCAGCACCGCCGGCCUGGAUCCCGGCCAAGUGGCACAAAAUAUGCAAAUCACCUGGGGCCAGGAGCCCAGUCUAAAGGCCAGGAAAUCCCCUCGACCAAUGAGCCACCAGCUCAGGUUACCGCGGGUGCCUAUAAAGGCCCGGGCGCGGGCGGAGCUCGCAGCUUCUACUUAGCGCAGCGGUGGGAGCGCGGCCUGCGUGUCAGCGCUACCUGGCGGGGCUUUCUCCCUGGAUUUCCUCCGCCUGCUGCCCCUAAACCCGCCUGCCACACCCUCGGCCACCAAGGUAGGACCUCUGCCUGUCACAUUCCCCCGCCUGGCCCCGGGGGGAUUGGGGAGGGGCCGGUGGAGCUUGGUUCUGAGCCUGCCCAAGCAGGAGUUGCAGGGCUGGGCGGUGUCCCGAGGGCCCGAGAGCCUGUCCCUGCAAAGGACAGAGUGGCCACGACUGCAGGUCCCACUCGUGGGCCCAGGAGGGCAGAGGAGGGAGCCCAGCGGGAGGCCUUGUGCCCCCCACCAGCACACCCUCCGUCCCCCGGGCUCUGAGACCCUGGAGCCCGUCUUGAGGAGAGGGUGUCCUACGAGAUGUUGACCUUCACGCCCUUGGGCCCCUGGCUCUCACCGGCCUUGCCCUCCCUUCCCAGGUAGCCUCAUGGCUGCAACCUGUGAGAUUAGCAACGUUUUUAGCACCUACUUCAGUACGAUGUACAGCUCGGAUGACCCCAAUCUGGCCUCUGUUCCCCCUGCCGCCGCCUUCGGGGCCGAUGACCUGGUGCUGGCGCUCAGCAGCCCGCAGGUGCCCCUGGAGGGCACAGAGAAGGCCAGCUGGUUGGGAGAGCAGCCCCAGCUCUGGUCCAAGGCCCAGGUCCUGGACUGGAUCAGCUACCAAGUGGAGAAGCACAAGUAUGACGCCAGCACCAUUGACCUCUCGCGCUGUGACAUGGACGGGGCUGCGCUCUGCCGCUGCGCCCCUGAGGAGCUGCGCCUGGUCUUCGGGCCCCUGGGGGACCAGCUCUACUCCCAGCUCUGGGACCUCACUUCCAGCUUCCCCGACGAGCUCAGCUGGAUCAUGGAGCUUCUGGAGAAGGACAGCAUGGCGCUUCUGGAACCCCUGGGGGACCAGGGGCCCUUGGACCAGGGAAGCCCCUUUGCCCCGGAGAUGCUUGAGGACUGCAGACAGGCCAGCCCCUUCUACCCGGGCAGCUUCGGCACCGGGGCCCCCUCCCCGGGCAGCUCUGACGUCUCCACCGCAGGGACUGGCGCGUCUCAGAGCCCCCAGGCCUCAGACUCCGGUGGAAGCGACGUGGACCUGGACGCCCUGGACAGCAAGCUCUUCUCUGGGGACGGCUUUCCCGACUACAAGAAGGGGGAUCUUAAGCAUGGGAAGCGGAAACGGGGCCGGCCCCGAAAGCUGAGUAAAGACUCCCGGGAGUGUCUUGAGGGCAAGAAGAGCAAGCAGGCCCCCAGAGGCACCCACCUGUGGGAGUUCAUCCGCGACAUCCUCAUCCACCCGGAGCUCAACGAGGGCCUCAUGAAGUGGGAGAACCGGCAAGAGGGCGUCUUCAAGUUCCUGCGCUCGGAGGCCGUGGCCCAGCUCUGGGGCCAGAAGAAGAAGAACAGCAGCAUGACCUACGAGAAGCUGAGCCGGGCCAUGAGGUACUACUACAAACGGGAGAUCCUGGAGCGGGUGGACGGCCGGCGGCUUGUCUACAAGUUCGGCAAAAACUCCAGCGGCUGGAAGGAGGAGGAGGUGGCCGGGCAUAGGAACUGAGGGUCGGACCGGCCCUGCGACCAAAGCUCGGACCUGAGGCUGCAGCCCCCGGAGGGGACCACCAGGACGCCUGGGCAUGCGCCCUGCGCCGUGGAGAGAAGCUGAGGCUCUGGCUCCUGUCGGCCAUCGUCCUGGCAUCUGGGGCAGGUGGCCUCUGCUCUCUGUUCUCCUCUUGGAAUUACAAGCCUGGUGUUUGAGGCCACUUGUGUGCUGGCUGUAGCUGCGCUCGCGGCUCCUUCUGUCUGGGCUGCGUCAGACCAAAUCAGACCCCAGUGGCGGACACCUCCCUCCUACAGAGGCCGGAGCGGGCUGAGAAGGCUGGGGGCCCUGGGCCCUGAGAAGGGCCCCCUCUUUCUGGACUGGCUUCCCACUCCCCACUCAGUGCUUGGACUCCGCGGGCGGGGGUCAGAGCACUCCGUAAUUUAUGUGCUAUAAAUACAGAUAUGUACAUAGAGAUCUAUUUUUUCUAAGACAUUCCCCUCCCGCCCCUCCCUCACCAGGUGCUGGUGGCCCACUGACUGUUCUAGGCCCUCUGUGGACCAGUGAGGAGCAGGGCAGUGCCAGGACCCUUGGGACGGGGCUCCUGGCUCCCUCCUCCUGUGAAUGGGGGCAGAGA